AUGGACCAAAUAUCAUACAGAGGUCGUGGUGAUAAACCAACAGAGAUGAAUAAUGAUGAAGGUUUAAAUUUCUCAGUAAAUAAUCGAUUUAGGUUCAAACCUGAAAAAAAAAAUAUCAAAAAAUCAAUAUUUUUGAAAUUCAAUUGGAAAUUAAUAUUAAUAACAUUAGUUGCUUGGGUAUUUAUAAUAAAUCAUUAUGAAAGAAGAGUUGUUAGUCAGGCUAUGAAUCGUUGUGCAUGGUCCAAUUGGGAAAAUUGGGAUAAUGUAAAUAAUGAACCUCAUAGAAUUGCCCUAUUAGCAGAUCCACAAAUUAUGGAUGAAUAUUCUUAUCCAGGUAGACCAUGGCUGAUAAAUUGGAUAACACAAAAAAUAUUGGAUAAUUAUCACAAAAGAAAUUGGAAUUUUAUUCAAAAUAAAUUAGAUCCAGAUUCAACAAUUUUCCUUGGUGAUUUAUUUGAUGGUGGUCGUAAUUGGGAUGAUGAAGAUUGGAUUCAAGAAUAUAAAAGAUUUAAUUCCAUAUAUUAUAAAAAACCAAAUAGGAAAACUAUAAUGACCUUACCAGGGAAUCAUGAUAUUGGAUUUGGUGAUACGGUUAAUAUAACAAGUUUAGAAAGAUUUAAAACUUUUUUCGGGGAUACUUCAAGUAUUCAUCAAUUGGGGAAUCAUACUAUAGUGCUAUUAGAUACUAUAUCCCUUUCUGAUUCUAUAGCUCCAGAAGUUCGUAAACAUCCACAACAAGUCUUAGAUUCAUUAAGUGAAUAUGAUCCUAAUGAAAACCCAAGAAUUCUAUUAUCACAUGUUCCAUUAUAUAGAUUCCCUGAGCAACAACCUUGUGGACCUUUAAGAGAAUCCAACAAACCAUUCCCAGUUAUGAAAGGUAAUCAAUAUCAAACCGUGAUAGAUUAUGAAAUCUCACAAGAUAUCUUGACCAAAAUAAGACCCAAAAUAGCAUUUAGUGGUGAUGAUCAUGAUUAUUGCCAUGUUAGUCAUGAAUAUAACCACCCAGUGGGAGGGAAAGCAAAAGCUGAUGAAAUUACAGUUAAAUCAUGUUCAAUGAAUAUGGGGAUUUCAAAACCUGCAUUCCAAUUACUUUCAUUAAAUAAUCCAAAAGGAACUACUAGUUCAGAGACUUAUAAAACAAAUAUUUGUUUCUUACCAUUACCAUUUAGAUCAUUAAAAGCAUAUAUAACAAUGGGUAUAUUAAAUUUGAUCCUAUAUCUAAUUAUAUUUUUAUUACCACAAAAAUGGGCAUUAGUGACAAAUAAAUUUAAAGCUUUGGUGGCAGAUUCUGAGGCAAAAUUUCAAUUACCAAUUGCAACAGAGAUUACACCAUCAUAUCAACCGGUUUUAGUAUUAGAAAAGGACAUUUUGGGGUUUUUCAUAAAUGGUGUGAUUAUUAUAAUUGGUGUGUUAAGUCUUUUUAGUGUUUAUUAUAAUGCAUUUUAA